GCGUCAAAAGGUGCGUCGCCGAAAGCCGCUAACGAUGAAACUCUGUGUGGGCCUGUGGACAGCCGAUAAUCCAUGCUUUCGUACCAUUCCCUCUAUGUACUUCAGUCAGGGAGCAAUCUGUUCCUGAAAGGUACGAAGAUGUACUCGGAUUUCAACAUGGGAUGUCUCUGCUUGGAACCAUGCUGUGUGGUCAAAGGCCAUAGCACCGUCCCCAUUGUCCCUACUUUUCCGCCGCUUUUGUGACUUCAUUACCUAAGGUAAGGUACUGGCCACUUGAAUCUUCUUUGUCCUUGUCUCAGUUCCCAUCACUUGGGGCCAUAGACACACAAAGGUCACUGCGGCACCCAAAAAUCGAUAUAAACCCGCUGCCACACGGACACUUGACAGCGUGUUUUGAUUUCCGUCUCCCCUUUUGCUACUACGAUGUCGAUCCCAUCUGACCAAACCAUGCACUCAGACUCCCCUCCACCGGCAAACCCUGAACCACCGCCUGACGAUGAAGGAACUCCCUACAAAUUCACAUUACAAGGCUGGAUACAGUGGUGCAAUAAAUACAUCUACUACGACGACCUGCGAGAAAUGCUCAUUGAAGAGAUGACUGGCCUUUUCAUUGGGCCCAUGCCCCCACACAAUUUCAUCGACGCCCUCAUGAGGCUGAAGAAGAAGCUGAAGGCUGCGCCAAAAGUCGAUUUCUCCGAAGUGCCUUUCACGGGAGUCGAAAAGGAUAUGUACGAACCCUUAUGCAACGCUAUCAACGAUUCUGGCGUCUGCCCUGGCUUCAAGUUGGUCGACGUUUCGAGCUCAGUAGACAAGAAUGGUAUUCGACUGCGCCCGGAUCUUGUACUUGUACCCACCGAUGCUAAAGACAUGAUGGACUAUACGAUCAUGGAGUUUUUCGUCGAGGUCAAGGUCGCAAAACCCGCAGACCCUUUUUACGACAUCAAUAGCAAGGCCUUGAAAGAGACCAUCGAGAAAAUGAAGGGAGACAGCGCGAAGACUCGUGGGCAGAUCACAAGCUAUGCAGCUGCAUUAUUGUCUCGUCAACAUAGAACGUUCGCAUUCUCUAUCACCAUCUGUGGCCAAUAUGUUCGCUUCUUCCGUUGGGACCGCGCUGGAUGUAUUGUCAGCGAGAAAUUUAACUUCCUCAGAGACUCACAUCUCUUGGCCGAAUUUUUCUGGUGCUAUGCCCAUAUGACUCGCGAACAACGUGGCUUCGACCCUACUGUGGUACCUGCUUCUGCUGCCGAAUCCAAACUGUUCUCUGAUGCUCUGUCGCGACACAUUGAGGAGUCCAAGCCCCGUGAUGUCAGCUAUCUACAACCGAAACCCGAUUCUACCUAUCCGAUCUCCAAGAUGCAGGUGCCAACGAUGAACGGAAUUCGCGAGGUGAUCGUUGGCAAACCUUUCCAGGAUAGUAACUCUCCUUGUGGGCGAGCGACAAGGGCCUACGCUGCGUAUGACCUGGUGGAGAAGAAGGUCGUCUUUGCCAAGGAUUACUGGCGUGACGAGGCUAAAGGACUGCUUUCAGAAGCUGAGUUCUAUGACAUACUCAAGCAGAGCAAUGUACCCUUUCUGCCUGAAGUCAUUGCAGCUGGGGACUUGUAUGUGAAGCCAAAGCAGAGGAAUGCGUGUCAGAAGACAUAUACUCAAAAGUAUUCCCCUAGUAGGGCCAAUCGCCCGAAGUGGUGCCAGCCAUGUGCGGAGCUGCGGACCCUGGUUCAUUGUAGGGUCGUUCAAAACCUCACCUUUCCUCUCCCGUCUGCGCUCUCAUCGAAGGAGGCCGUUCAAACUAUUCGCGAUGCGAUUGAAGCUCUCAAGGUCGCGUAUCACCACGGCAAGGUCUUUCAUCGCGACAUUAGUACUGGAAACAUCAUGAUCGAUGAAUCUGGUCGCGGGAUCCUCAAUGACUGGGAUCACGCACAGAAAGUGGUUUUCAAGAACAUACCUCAAACAUAUCAGACAGGGGUUUGGCAAUUCAGGUCCAUCUUGUUGCUGCGACAUCCCAAGAAAGCCCACGACAUUCAUGAUGACCUGGAAUCCUCAUUUUGGGUUCUACUUUAUAUUUCCCUGCAUUAUUUCAAACACAACCAAUCGAUGAUCUUCGACUUCAGUCUCUUCGAUGAAUACAAGCACGUUGGUGACAACUGUCACUCGCUUGGAGGUCUCUCUAAGAGGGGCUUCCUGUCGGAGGGAUUGAAAGAGGUCCAAUGGAAAUGUGCCCCAUUGAACAAACUCAUCCAUGGGCUUGGCGAUUUCUUUCAAAAAUAUUUAUACCAUCAUUCGAGGCAAGAUGAUGACGAAGGCAUAGCUUCCUUCAAAGAUAUACAGGAGAAGAUGGUCCAAGUCGAUGCCAUCCUGGCGUUUUUUGACAGUGCUUUAAAAUCUAAUGGUUGGCCGGAGAAGGACGCUCUACCUGACCAAUACCCACCCAUGACCGACAAGGAGAAUGCCCAGCUGCUUCAUGAUUUGAAGUCACGGGCUAUUGCUUCUGCUGCUCGGAAAAAGACAUCUGCUGCCCUCCCUGCUAAACGGCGUGCAUCGGUCCCCUCGACUGCUCUAGCUUCGAUGCGAAUUGAGUCACGUAUUCCUGGGAUACGUUCCAGCAGGCGAGUAGCUCAGCGGAGGAACAAACAGCAAGCUCCUGUGGCAGAGCCUUCACAGCUCCCCAUGAAUUCUCGUGGUACCGUGAAGAGAAGACUCAAUGAAGCCCCUACAGAGAUGUCGAGUUUCCGCUCGAAACGGGCAAGGCUUGCAAAGUGAAGGUCUUCAAACGUGCAUCCCCGCCCGAGCGAUCAGGAGUGGCCCAUCAGUUUCCUAGACAUUCUAAGUGGAGAAGUUGAACGGUUCCCGUGAGGGUGAUUACCCGUAACAAGUCACGACGCAUAUCAGAGUCGUCAGAUGCUGCUUAAGAAAGGGAAAGAGACAUAGGGUAAAAAGCGGGACUUUGAAGUCAACCGACGUUAAUGGUAGUCUACCUUAGUUGAAGUCGAGUACAUGCAUAAUGUAGAUGUUGAUGAUUGUUCAGCUUUGCAUUAUAUACUCCUUUAUGGCAAGUGUACGGUUGCCAACUUGCGGCGCUCUGAAUUCAAGA